GCCUUUUGGGAAAUUGCGAACAAAAGACAACUCGAUAUUUCAAAAACUAACAUUUCAUGGGAAAGAUAAAAUAGAAAUGAAGGAAGCAUGGCCUAAUCUUGGUAAUGCUGCAAAUUUUGAAAUCUCGUUUUGAGAUCUUCGUGCCAAAGAAGUAUUAAAUGACGAGUUUUUAACAUGGAGAUCCACGUGACUCUAGCUUYAUUGCUAAUAAUCUACCCAGAGAGAACAGGUUCCGCAUUACGCUGCCCAUCCUACCCAGAUCCCCAAAACGGUUACGUCACAUGUGACAGCCUGUUCCACUUGUUCUGCUCUCCUGAAUGUCACCCUGGUUACCGCUUUGCGACCAAGCCUGCUGUGGUUUACAUGUGUGGCCCAGUUACCGGUGAAUGGUUUACCUACCCGGUAGGCAGUUCACUGCCGUGGCCGGACUGUGUUCCCGAAGACAGAAGUGAUGACACCAUCCACCGAGAACUGUCCAAGAAACGAGAAGAGAUCACUAGAUACAUUGCUCAUUCAAACACAGGGAUCCCAACACCUUAUAGCCAGGCAAGAAGUCUAGAUCCAGAGGAAAGGUAUCAUCAUUUGUUUGACUACAUCGAGAGGGCUGAGAAAGCUUAUGAAUACCGCGAAACUAUAGAGAAGGAAACUGAGAAGCUCAAACACCACCCGAGAAAAAAUAUAUCUAGCAAACAGAGUCGCUCAUAUGAAAAUCGUUUGGGAUCUUAUCAGCCUUGGAGUAUUACUUCAAAGGCACCUGCUAAAAAUGUAGAAGCUGGGAAAGAGCUUGCACUGAAUGCUAAUGGAUCAGGAUUUCCGAAAGUGGAUUUGCAGCAAACACUAGUUUCACAAAAAGAGCAAUUACCACUUAACAAACAAAGCGCCGGAUACAAAACUUAUCUUUCUCCUGUCACAAAURAAAUUCCAGAUAAAAACGAAAGAUGGAAUGAAAAAGGUACUUUUACAGGACAAUUAGGCGAAGACAGUACUCAAGUAAAUUCACAAAUACAAACAGCUGGGAAUUUUCAGAUGAAUAAUGCAACACCAAGCAUGGCUAAAGCAGUCGAAGAAAAUACAAGUCCCUAUAAACAAGACAGUAAUUUUGUACUCAAGAUGUUAAAUAACGAGGAAUUUAAAGAUUURCAUUAUUUGGACGAACACGUACGGCGAAACAGAGGCGCCCCAGCAUCUAUAAAUAGAAAUACCACAAAAAGUAAAUCAAGUGUACUUGAAAAUGAUAGAAUGGUUGGAACAAUGGGAAGCCGUGACCAACAUCUGGAAAUUACUAGAGGAGAUUCUAAAAAUGAUUCAAGAGAUAUGUUUGCACUCAGUACAGACACAGAAAGCAAAGAAAACGCCAAUCUAUCAAGAUAUGUGGAGCCCAUUGUCAUGYCAAGGACAUCUUUGAUCAAUUCAGUUGCUUCUUUAUUAAAAAACGCCAAAGUUAUAAACACAAACACGACGGGAAAUCGAAGGAUUUUUAAUUCAAACGACAGGAAAGAACAAAAACAACAAAGAAAUUUAACGAAGCCCGUUAUUCCACCAAAUUUUUCAUCUAGAAAGAAUGAUUUUCUUUUAAUAAAUAAAUCAAAGAUCGAAAAUGGCAAUACUAUAAAAGAUCUAUACGAUUCUUGGAUUAAAAAGAAUAGGGAAUCGUUAAAUUCGCAUGUAAACGGACAACAAAGGAAAUAUAUAGCUUCACAAACAAACGCGUUACUUUGGAGACGAUUGAAUCCUUUAACUGUUGAAAAUGUUAAUAGGAGUUCGGUGAAGAACAGAACGAAUGAAGUAAAAUCACAAGGAAGAGAAAAGAAUGAAGGAAAGCGACCAGUACGAGAACAUCUGUUUUAUUUCCCAAUCAAGAAGAACACUUUAAUUGACAUCUUAAAUCACACAAAUUUGAUAUUAAAACCCUGAAAAGGCUAUACAAAA